CUGUGACCCGGAAGCAAAAGGCAAAGACAUUUCGCCAUGCCUAGAUUUCCACGUCAACGAUUUUGUGUCAUGCCCGCUAGGAGUGCAAAACGUCCGUAGAAAAGUUAUUUCGAGGGGGUUUUCGUGACUGAAGUAACCGCCGUUAUUGUUUUUGAAGUUUGGGGACAAAAUCAGUGCUAAGUGGCUUCUUAUCCAUAUUGCUACCCGACGUCUUGAGAGAAGACUACAUAAUGCCUGUAUCACCAGAGGAGCUUGUCAGACUCCUGGCACUUUUGGCCCAGGAGGAGAACCUAAAAGUGACUGUAAAGGAGACUAUGAAAGGCGGAGCCAUGGCUGGUGCUGGAGCUGUGAUUGGUGGAUUCUGUGGGGGCCCAGUUGGAAUUGCAGUUGGAGGUACGUUAGGUGGGAUGAUGGCGCGAUGGAAGUACAAAGGAAACAAUCGACCCCUCACAGACGUCCUCCCCGAAAUGACGAAAGAACAACGAGAUCAACUGCAUGAACAGUGUCAACCGGUACUCCGCGAUUACAUCGACGAUGACUUCAUCUCGAUGAGUCGGUUGAUGAAUAACGACGGGGAAUUCCGAGAGAGAUUGGUGCAGAGUCUUAAGACAUUCGUCACCGAGACGAUGAAACUUCAAUUAUGUGUGGAACUGCUCACAAGAGGCAAAGCAGAAUGACACUUAUUUUUCAUUUUUCGUCCUCCUUUUAUUUUAACAAGAGGUUGUUUUUUGUUUUGAAAGUGCUUUGGAAGGAUGGCUCUAGUUCCGGGGUCAAUUUCACAAAGAGUCAGGACAAGUCCUAUCUCUAGGACUGGUCUUAGGAGAUAUUAAAAAUUUACGGCUAGUCCUACAUAAGUUCUAGGAGGACUAACUAGGAGGUCCAAACUCGAUAUAAGACUGGUCUUAACUCUCUUUGAAACCCGCCCCCGCCCUUGAUUUCAUAAAACUGUUAAAUAUUAUUCAAAUAAUGACUGUUGGGGGGGGGUGCAAUGGUGAGAAUAUUUUCAUGUGUUAAAAGAUGGAGUUGUACAUCUGUCAACAAAUGAAAACAUUCUCUCCAUUGCAGGAAUGCAAAACAUUCAUUAUUUGGUUUAGGAUAAUGCCCGAGGUAAGCGCCAUUUUUUCUCCCACAAAUGGCACGUACACCGAGGGCAUGAUGCGACUUAACUUCCAGCUAUGAUGACAUGCUAUACUGUUACAGCGCUCCAUUAUUUUGCACGAAUGGUAUGAUAUUGUUAAAAGGUGGCCAUCGCGCCAUUCGUGCAAAAUAAUGGAGCGAUAGAACAACAUAGCAUGACAUCAUAGGUAGAGGUUAACUUUAUAUAACAUCCAGGUAGGUCUUUGGAGAAACAGUCGACAAAAGUGUACAAGAUUGUAUAUUUGCAUCCACUACGAGGACCUUUUAUACUACUAGAUAUAAUGCAUGUAUGCGCAUGGUGUUGCCUAGCUCGCAAUACAAAGAAGAAAAAAAAAGGAGAGGCUGAAAAUGCACUUUGAAUAGUACUUAACUAGAAGUAACAAAAAUAAUGCCAGUAUUCUACAAAGCAAGAAGCUUUGUUAGAGAGUUUAUGAGCUUUAGCAGUUUUAUGAAACAGGGCCUAUAUUGUAAUUUUUAAAAGCAACAAACACACUGCCUUUUUAUGACUUUGUGUGUGCCAUGUCUCCACUGAUCAGCGUUGAUUGACUUUGUAGUUGAAUGAAAAGAGCCCAAGUAAAUCAAGGCUUCGAUCACAAAAAAGUUCUAUUUAAAUUUAACAUUAACUUCAACAUGUAAAGAUUAUAGAUCAUUAACAAACUAAUUAAUAUAUCAACUCAUUUGCAUAAUUUUGUCUUCUUAUAAAACACACAAAAUCGUAAUUUUGGAGAACUGACUGAUUUCUGGGACAUUUUGGGGGAAUAUGGUUUUGUAAAUUCAUUUGAUCACAAGAUAUAUUUUCACGCCAUUUCUGUUGAACCUUUCCAUGAUUAUUUAAUUGUUGAAGACCGUGAGUGGCUUUGAGGUACAGUUUACUGCAGCAUAACAACCAAAGAUUUUAGAGCGCCGCAAGGCACAAGAUGCGGAACUCGGGCUGAAAUGUGAAAUCCCACUGGACGCCAUUUCGGC